AAGUUUGCAGGCAUUUUAGUCGAAGACGUUGUUCAGGAAGUGCGACUUGACAUUUCGAAAAGAGGUUCGCCUUUAGCGCAUGAUUUUAGAAAAUCUGGUAUAAAUAGAUGAUUUGUAAAUAGACAGCGCAGUUUGACGUAAACAUUUCGUGGUGCAGUUGCUAAUUUUUUAAUUCAAAGUUUGAUUAUACAAAGAAAGGUUUGUUAUUUUCGCAGAAGUAGUGAUAUAUCAAGAGAAAAAAGUUGGUGCAAUCGGAAAACAAGAUGCCAACGGAGUGCAUAACCAACCCUUUACAAAGGGAACUGGCGGAUUCUAUAAUAAGGAUGGUACCUUUGGACGAAAUCAGAAUUUUACUAGCAUGCGGAGCCAAGGUAAACGAGCCUGUGACUCAAGGAUUGAUGCCCUUGCAUUAUGCCGUUUGGCAAAGGUACUACGAAGCAACACAGUUAUUAUUGACUCGGGGAGGUGAUGUGAAUGCCACUGAUGAAUGUGGAUAUAGUCCUUUGCAUUUAUCAGCCGAACAUGGAUACACUGAAGUAGUUCGUCUUCUCUUAGCAUCCGGUUCUAAAGUAGACUAUAGAGAAAACACCGAAGAAGAAUUUCCCAGAACUACUAAAUGUGACGAACCCUUAAGACUUGCAAUUCGUAACAAGCACAUGGAGAUCGCCAGAAUGUUACUAGAACACGGAGCAGAUCCCAAUAAAAGAUACUUUUUUGGAUCAGAGAUUAACUUGGUGACUGAUCUAGACUUUUUGCAAUUGCUCUUAACUUUUGGAGCUAAUCCGGAUAGCAGAGAUAGGUCUGGUUUGACUCCGUUGAUGAAAGCAGUUCGACAACCUCAGGGUAUGGAAGCUGUUUUACUAUUAUUGAAAUUUGGAGCAGAUGUCAAUGCAAUAGCAGAUGAACGACACGACUACAGAACGGUUCUGCAUUAUGCUGUUCUAUCUGGAAAUUACGAAAUAGUUAACCUCAUAAUAAAACAAGGUGCCAAAUUGAACUACGACGAAGAAUAUGACCUUGGAAAACCCAGUCCUUUAGAUUUAGCCAUACUGAAAGGGGAUCCCAAAGUUGUUGAACUUCUAAUCAAGUCUGGAGCAGAUGUCAAUUGUAGUUCUCCAAUAAUUGGAUCUCCACUUCAUGUAGCUUGUGCCGAUAAUAUACCGAACAGAUUUGAAAUCAUGACUAUGCUCUUAGAAGCUGGAGCUGAUCCAAAUCUUAAAGUAUAUAGUGACGAGUUUGACAGAAAUUCGCAGCUGAGGCCUGUGUUAGUGGAAUAUCUGGCUAGCAAUGAACGACCAAGUGUGGAAGUAGUUCAUCUUUUACUUCGAUAUGGAGCUAGGGUCGUAAUGAAAACACAGUUCAGAGAUCCAGAUGGAAUGCUCAAUAGUUUGCAAAACGUGAUCUCCAGUAACUGCCCCUCCAUAUUCUUCCUUCUACUCGAAUCUUCUGAAUCCUUCGAUCCAUGUAUGAUAAGACGCAACACGGUACUAUCACCAGACCAGAAAUCUGCUCUUCUGGAACUGUCAAAAUAUCCCUUAUCCUUAAAACGCCAGGUUAGACUAUACUUACGAAAAAUGUUAGGUCCUAAACUUUUACAUAGCGCACAAGAUUUUGAAUUGCCUGGUUCCUUGGUUAGGUAUUUGCUCUUUGAUUACAGUUGAAAUAAUUUCUGUAGUAUUAUAGAGCAAAAUAAGAUAUAUUUUGUUGUUUACAGUGACAUUUGUCCACUGUUAACAAGAUUUUUAAAUAUCCUUUUAAUGUUUUAAAUAGCAACAAUGGUUACAAUAAAUAUGACUGUUAUUAAGGUUUCUCUAAAAGUUAUAGUUUUAAAUUUUGAAAUCAAGUCAGUACAGAAAAUUAACUCUAAAAAUAUUUGUUUACAGUAAACUCAUGGUAUGUGUUUUCAUUCGAAAUUCUAAAACGCAAAACAUUUAGUGGUUAUAGCAACUAUACAAAAGUUUUAUGAUAUACAGGGACGCAUUAGAGUUAGUGCGUUGUAAACCAAAUCAAAUCUUUAAAAAGAUUAAAUCUUUUGGAUCGUUAUAAGUAAAAGAAAAAGAAUGAAGACUGGCAGCAUUAAAAAGAAUACAUAGAAAUUCGUGACAAUAAUUAUGAUGAUUAUUGUUCCUGUCUGAUCCCUUAAAAAUAUAGUCAUAAUGAGUUUUUGAGGCUAAUUUUUUAAUUAUUGUAACCAUUAGUUUCUUUUUAAUUUUCUACUGUUGACUACCCAAGUAACGUGUAGUUCAUUUGAUUACUUACUUUAUAUCAACUAAUAUUAAUAGUAUUCAAUGGUUUGUUGUUAAUCCUUUUAAGAUAAUAUAACAAAUUAACCAAUAUAACCUUUAUAAUUAUACACUUUCAUUAUAUGUAAUUAUAAUUUUUUAACAUAUUAUAUUAAUCAAGUAAUAGACAUAUCUGUGUUAUUUUUAUCUAUACUUACAUAUAUCUUUAACACAAUAUUUAAUCAUAUGUACUGAUAAAUUGCGGAAUAACGACAUACUAAGAGCUUGCAUAGUUUUGUUUCUAUAUUAAUAAAUUUCUACAUUUUAGCUUAUUUAACCUCUACAGCUGUUAACAUCAAAAUACGAUAAUAUACAUAUCUUUUCAUGUCAUAAAGCAUUAACAAACCUAUUUUUCUUUACAAACUAUCUCCAUGUAUUUUGAAUGCUAAUAGAUAUUCGGCUGAAUCUAUGAUUUAUAUUUUAUAAACCUAUAGUCCAGGCUGUAUGCUGGCCCCCGUUAGGUAAAUUAUUCCGAUUCGUUUUUUUUUGCACAAACUUACUCAAAAAGAGGUCCUUAUCACAAAUCCAAAGGGUUCCUGUCAAAUCACUUUUUUUACUUCGGACAAAUUUUUUAGAUUCAUUGGGUCAUUCUGAGUAAACAAGGUCUCUUGUGAUUUUUCUCUAAAAUUAACUGUUGUCAAUUAUAUACGAUUUAAAAUUUGAAAAACGUGAAAAUGGUUCUUUUCGUGGCUUAAUAACCCAGUUAAAAAUUAUUAUUAUGAAAGUGAGACAGUGGCCAAAUCUAAGUUUAAAUCCCCCCCCUUUUAUUAUUAUUUUAUUCAUCAUCAUCAUCAUCAUCAGCCUCUCUCAAUCCACUGCUGGACAUAGGCCUCCCCUGUUUGUCUCCAAAGUGUUCUAUCUUGUGCUUUGUGUAUCCAGUUUUUUGUUGUUUUUCGUAAAUCGUCUUGCCAUCGUAUUGGUGGUCUUCCUCUGCUACGUUUAUCGGCCUUUCUCUAUUCAACUAGUUUGCGAGUCCAUCUUCCGUCCUUCAUUCUGGCAACGUGUCCAGCCCAUUUCCAUUUUAAAUUACAGCUUCUUUCAAUGACGUCUAUGACUUUGGUCUUAGCUCGUAGAUCUUCGUUUCUAAUCCUGUCUCGCAGAGUGGCCCCUAUCAUUGAUCGCUCCAUUCUUCUCUGCGCUACUCUCAGUUUUUGUGCGUUUUUCUUCGUGAGCGAUAAUGUUUCUGCACCAUAAGUCAUCACCGGUAGCACGCAUUGGUCAAAAACUUUUUUCUUCAUGUUAGUUGGAAUGUCACUCUUAAAAAUGUCUCUAAGAGCUGCGUAUGCUGCCCAUCCUUGUAUUAUUCUUCUGGAUACUUCUGUUGUUUGAUUGUCCUUACCUAUCUUAAUUUCGUGACCCAGAUAUAUGUAUUUGUCUACGAGUUCUAUUUGUUCAUUUUGUUCGUCAUAUAUUUUGUUUUUGUUAUAUUAAUUUUUAAGCCUAUUUUAUGACAUGCCGUACCAAGUUCUUCCAACAUUUUCUUUAUUUGUCCCAAAUCGUCUGCAAUCAGGACUAUAUCGUCUGCGUAGCUUAGGUGGUGUAGCAUCUCUCCGUCCACAUUUAUUCCUUUAUCACCCCAUUCGAGGGUUUUGAUCGCUUUUUCUAGAGCCGAUAUGAAAAGUUUAGGUGACAACGUAUCCCCUUGACGGAUACCUCUUUGGAUUUUUAUUUGUUUGCUGUUAACGUGUAGUUGUAUCGAGCUUGUCGCAUUUUUAUAUAUAUUACAUAUUAGCCUCGAAUAUCGGCUAUCAAUAACGGCUCUCGUUUAGUGCUUUUAUAACACUGUCGAGUUCUACUAGGUCGAAUGCUUUGUGAAAAUCUACGAAUGCUAAAACUAAGGGCUUGUUAUAUUCUAUGGAUUUUUCGAUGAGUUGUUUUAUUGUUUGGAGGUGAUCGUUGGUUCCAAAGUUUGCUCUGAAUCCAGCUUGUUCUCUACUUUGAUACAGGUGAUUACUUCGUGGUGAUUACUCUCGUGAAAAGUUUAUAAAGAUGGUUUAACAGACUGAUUGGUCGGUAAUUUUCCAGAUCAAUUUUUUCUCCUUUUUUGUGCAGAAGAAUUGUUUUGGCUCUAUUCCAUUCAGAUGGUAUAGAUUUCUUUGUCAAACAUAGAUUAAAGAGAUCUUUUAUUUUUCUCAUUAGAGGUUCACCGCCAUUCUUAACAGCCUCGGUCACUAUUCCAUCAUCUCCUGGUGAUUUAUUGGAUUUAAUUUUAUUCAUCGCUUGUCUAAUUUCACUGAGAGUUAUUUCUGGCGUGAGUUCAGAGCCUUGAUUUAAUAUUGUUUUGCUUAUUGCAUCUUUUAGCUGUGUUUGGUUCAUCCGUCUGCUUUUAUAAAGUUCUCCAUAGAAGUCUUCUACUAUUGUUAAAAGCUUUUCUCUAUUUGUUGUUAUUUCGCCCUUUUUGUUUUUUAAUUUAAUGAUCUGACUUUUUCCAUUAUUUAGUUUUUUUCGCAGACUUUUUAGGCCUUUAUUAUUUUCUAUGGCUUGUUCGAUUUUAAGUGUAUUAAACUUUCUUAAGUCUUUUCUUAUUGCUUUCUUGACUUCUCUGUUUAUCUCUCUCUUUUGCUCUCCAUUUGGAUCAUUUCUUUCUGUAAUAAGAUUUCUUUGUUUCAUUAAAUUCCUGGUGUCAGUACUAAGUUUUUCUUCAUUCUUACUUCUUGGACAGUGUUUUCUCAUGCUUUCUCCAAUGGCUUGCGUAAUAUGUUGGUUUAGUACAUCUAUGUUUUCGUUGAGAGUUAUGUCUGUUAUUAUUAUUUUAUUACUAAGCUGUUAUUUUUAAUUAUCAACAAUGACCGCUAAGCGCGUAUUUAGGCGGCCGUCAACGUGAGUGCGAGUGAGAUGCACCAUUGAACGGCCGGAAUGGUGCAUUUCUUUCCGACCUCUCAGAUGUACUUGAUAGUGAGUGACCGUCUUUAGACUUUCUGUUAUACACCUAGAAACUAGUAUAAAUAGUGUAUCUUUUUUAAGUAGCGAAAUCAUGUGACAGGUUAUAUAUUAGUGCACUCUACCUAAAAUGUGGCAUCUGGCAUCUGAAUAUUAUAUUUGUUGGUCACAGUGUUGCCGUACUUUUUUUGUUUAUUUCUUGUAUAAUUUUAAUCAAUGUUAAAAAUAUACCUACAAGAACAAAGAAUUACUUUAUUGAUGUUUCAAACCUAUUUUUAAUUUAUUAUAAUCAUUUAUCUGUGUGAUUUAUCUAUUUAUCUACUUUUUUAUAACAAUUUACAGUUUAUCUUCAUUUAUCUUUUUGAAGAUAUUCUUCUUUAGCGGCGAAUCGAUUGAGGGUAAAAUUUGAUUGAUCCGCGCGCAUGCGCACACCGACAGUAUGGUAUUAGUUGUUAUACGGGCUCUGAUUGGGUGUUGAAAUUUUGAAAUGAUCUGUCAAUAAUUGUUCAAUAUGGAGGUUAUCGGUAAACAAAAAUAUUGUAUAAUAUUAGUUUUUAUUGAUGUGUGGACAGAAAUAAAAUCAAAUUUAUAAUUAUAGUGACUUUUUAAAUAGUUUUGAAAAGCCGCAGGUACGUAAUUCUAAAUGUUUCAGUUGGAAAUACCUAAUAGUUUCAAUACCUAUCUAUUUGGAAAAUGUAAACAAAAUAAUGUAGUUACCUAUUAGUAGGCAAUGCUUUAAUUUACAUAAUCUGAUUACGAACAAACUUUCUACAAAUCUUUAUCUCAUAUAUCGUUUUCUUACUCUAUGUUUUGUUGUAUUUUAUUUCGACAAAAAUCAAACUAAUAAUUUUAUUAAAUUCAUAUAAAUUUAUGGUGUAAACGUUUAGUUUGUGUAUAUUCCCACAUGACGUAUACGAGAGUUUGGUGCAGUUUGAAAUGGCGUCAACUUUCGUACGGCGCGGUAGACGUGAAGUGGGUUCAAGUCCCAAGCAAGUUAUUAUUUUUUUAUUUUUUUAUAGAUUUUAUGAUUGUAAGUAUAUUAUUAUAUAAUUUUUGAAGAUAUUCUUCUUUUUUGAAAGUGGUAGAUAAGAAAGUUAGUUUGAUUUGUAAAUAAAAUAAGUACAAAUAACCUUUUAAGUAUAUUUACUUCGUUUAAAUUACCUAUUAUAUAAUAGAAUAUCUUCUUACGUGCGUACAAAGUACACACACAUUCUUUUUUUAUUUAUCAGUUGAUCUACUUUUUUCUUACAAUUUUAAUCAACUUUGAUUUGAAAUGCCUCUUUUGAGCUUUUUGUAUUAAAACACUUUACUUUAUUGGUGUCAAAACUAUUUUUUAAUUUAUUAUAAUCAUUCAUAUGUUUGAUUUAUGUAUUCAUCUACUUUUUUAUAAUUAAAAUGCAUCUUUUAAGCUUUUUGUAUUAAAAACAACAUAAAACAUUUGACUUUAUUUUUUAAAUGUAACUUCAUGUAAUGUGAUGUAUGAAAAAAUUGGCUAUUGGGUGCACUAAUAUACAAGCUGUCCAAAUCAUGGACAUCAAGCUUUAAAUUUAUUUCUACUCGGAAUAUAUCAUUAUUCGUACUCAUAUCAUUUUAUCGUACUCUAUUUCAACAAGGAGGUAGUUUGUACUACAUGUUUAUAUUUCCUAAUACAUAAAGUUGGUUGUGUUAAAUAAUUAUUAAUACCUACUUGUUUUGCGGUAAAGAAUAAUAAUCUUCUGAAGCUGUUUUCUUGGGACAGCUUAAUACAAUUUACUUUUUUAUUGGAAAUAAGCCACAAUUUUACUUUGAAACAUGUUUAUUUUGAUGUUUCCAUUUCCAAUUCUGACAUCGUUCUCAAAACAUAAUCUUUAAUUCUCUGGUUUUAAAAAAUUGUGGCUUAUUGCCAUUAAGAAUAGUAAAAGAGUAAUAAAGUGUAAUGAGAAUUUAUUUUCACUGGAAGAUUAUUUACAAUUUUUUCACAGCAUAAUAUCAAUCAAAAUAGAAAUAAAUUAAUUUCUAGUUCAGAUAUCUAUUAUAGAAGUAUUAUAAUUAUAUUAGAUAAAAAAUUUCAUGAAAACAGUGUUUAUACAUAAUGUCGAACAUAUAAAAGACCUGUAAGUUAUAGAUUUAGGUACUUGCUAGAACAUAAGCAUCUGGGACAUAUAUUUCGAGAUCUUUGACAAUAAAUAAGUUUAAAUAAUACAUGAUAAUACUAAAUAAUAAUAGUUUAAAAUCUAAAUAAACACCACCAUAACAUUCUAUUAGUAAAAGAUUGUAAAUAAAUAAAGAACCAGUAGAAAAUGAAAAUAAUAGCUUCUUACUUUUUUACGCUAAUGUGCUUAAUAAUAGUUUGUGAAUUGCUUGUAAAAUAACAGUGGCCAAUUGUACACGUUGUAAUGCAUAAAGUUAACGCAGAUGAUGACUUCUUUGAAAACAUUAUUUUGUAUAUGAAAUACUAAAGGGUUUACUACAUUUUCACCGAAUCAAGUUGCACAUUAGAGUAUUUUUUCAGUUUCAUAUCGAUUUAUUGGUUUGAGAUAGUUUGUUUAAAAAUGGUUUUUACGGAAUUUUUUAGUUCUGCUUUCUAUUUCUUUUUUAAUAUAUCCCUUCCAAGUAGCUUGCGAUUAUCUUGGAACUAAACUGUAUUUUCUUAUGGAUCUUUCACAGAUACAGUACAGACUAUUUAGACCGGGCUGUAUCGUCGCCCCCGCUAGCGAAAUUAUUCCGAUUCGAUUUUUUUGCACAAACUUACUUAAAAAGAAGUCCUUAUAACAUAUCCACGGGGGCUGGGCGGUGCCGUGGCCGAAAAAUUGUUUAAACAAUUUUUUUAAACAUUCACAGAAAUAAUUUUUUCAUUUCAACAAUAUUUUUUUAAAUAAUUUGGGUCUGUCUGAGCAAAAAAGGUCUCCUGUCAUUUUUCUCUUAAAAUGAUUGUUGUCGAGGUAUAUAAUAUUAAAAAUUUGCAAAAUGCGAAAAUGGCCAUUUUCAAGGUUUAAUAUCUCGAUUAAAAUUUAUUACUAUGAAAUUCAAAAAGUGAACAAAUCAAGCUUCAAACCCCUUCUUCAAGAUCCUGAAGAGAUUUUUGUCAUUAUUUUAUUACAAAGCUGCUAUUUUGAAUUAUUAACAAUUAGCGCUAUAGUCCCACUGUAUCGUCGCCCCCGUUAGUGAAAUUAUUCCGAUUCGAUUUUUUUGCACAAACUUACUCAAAAAGAGGUCCUUCUAACACAUCCACAGGGUGCCGGGCGGUGCCGUGGUCGAAAAAUUGUUUAAAAAUUUUUUAAACAAAUUCACAAAAAUAAUUUUUUCAUUGCGAACGAUUUUUUUUAGAUAAUUUGGUUUAUUCUGAGCAAGAAAGGUCUCUUGUGAUUUUUCUCUAAAAUUGAUUGUUGUCGAGUUAUAUUAUGGCCAUUUUCGCAUUUUUUAAAUUUUAAAUCGUGUAUAUCUCGACAACAAUCAAUUUUAGAGAAAAAUUACAAGAGACCUUUUUUGCUCAGAAUAUCCCAAAUUAUCUAAAAAAAUUUGAUCGAAGUGAAAAAAUAAUUUUUGUGAAUUAGUUUAAAAAAAUUGUUUGAACAAUUUUCCGACCACGCCACCGCCCGGCACCCUGUUAUAAGGACCUCUUUUUGAGUAAGUUGCCAAAGUGACCAAACCGUUGCGGAUAUGUGUGGCCCAACCUUUAUCCGUUCUUAUAAGGUGACCUGCCCAGCGCCAUCUUUGUAUAUUUGCAGGGGGUUUUAAUAUUGAUACAACUAGUGGUUGAACCUUAUUUUCCACAUACCAUUGUCGUAGAUGCGUCCCAAUAUUUUUCGGGUUGUCUUUCUUAUUUAAGUUUAUUAGUUGUAUUUAAAAACCAAAAAUGGAAAUAUUUUAUUUUUUUUUAUUAUUAUUAAUUCGCAUACUUUACUCUUAAAACCUAAUCAGCCAGCAACAACUUCAUUAUUUGUAAUAUUACCACUACACAUUAGACCUUUUUACUUUUCUACUAUUGUAGCUAGUGGUACCUACUUCAUUUGUUAAAUAUUAUAUGUUAUUUUUCCAUUUUCUACAAUUUUAAAGGCAAUUAUCUCGUAAAUUCAAUGCAAAAAUUCAGUGCAACAUAUAUUUACCUUUACUGAUGGUUUAAUCCUAA